UCCACCCUCAACCCCUUCUUUCAUAUUGAGUUUGUCUCUGUUGUAUUUCAUAGUUGGACAUUUCUUUUUUAUUUAUGCUGGAAAAAAAUCAAAUACUUUCCUUGGUAUCCGCCCUGUUCGCUCUCCUCCACCCUCAGUCGGUACUCUCCCACCCACCCCAGCUUCUAAUUGGACUUCAUUACCAUUUCCUCUCAGUUCUUCCCUGAAUUACUCUCGGGCUAGGAGGAUCAGCUUCCACUGGAUUGUCUAUGAAACUCACGGACAUUGCACUAAAAGACUUUACCCAUCAUCAUCAUCAUCAUCAGCUGUCCAACUGCAAUGACCUCUCUCAGGCUGGUGCCCUUGCUGCACUCCCUCCUUGUUCUCCAAGUUCAUCUGUCCAACCAGUUAGAAGACAACAAGAUCCCUCCCAGCCUGUGUACCGGCCUCCCUGGUAUCCCAGGGUCUCCUGGAGGUCACGGCGGUCCUGGACAGCCUGGGAGGGACGGGAGAGAUGGGAGGGAUGCCGCUCCAGGGGAGAAGGGAGAAAAAGGGGACAGGGGAGACCCAGGUGAGACAGGGGUUCGAGGAAUUACUGGGGACAGAGGUGACCCAGGACAAAAAGGGGAUAGGGGCCAGGCGGGAGAGUGCGCAGUGGCCCCCAAAUCAGCCUUCAGUGCCAAACUAUCCGAGAGCCAAAAUUUACCCCAAACUGUAGCCGAUGUGGUCCGCUUCAGCAAGAUCAUGCUGAACGAACAGGGCGACUACAACACAGAGACGGGACGAUUCACCUGCAAAGUCCCGGGAGUUUACUACUUUGCCGUCCACGCCACCGUCUACAGAGCCAGCCUGCAGUUUGACCUGAUGAAGAACGGACACACGGAGGCCUCUUAUUUCCAGUUCUACGGCAACUGGCCCAAACCGGCGUCUCUAUCGGGCGGCUCCCUGCUCCACCUUGUCCCUGGUGACCAGGUGUGGGUCCAGAUGGCUCUGUCGGAGUACAAUGGGUUUUACUCCAGCACAAAGACAGACAGCACCUUCACCGGCUUCCUGGUGUACUCAGACUGGAAAAACUCAGCUGUGUUUGCGUGACACAGCUGAAUCAUCUCUAACAUCUCUGAAACAAAACACCACCAUUUACCUAUUAUAUGACAAAGAGAUUCUGGAUAAAGACAAGUUAAUUACAUGUGUCAUUGUACAUCUGUAUUUGGGUUAGACGUAAACAACACUCUGUUUUACUGUCAGGGAAACAUAGUCUACUGGUGAGGUGUGGGUUUCACACAUGGUCAUUAAUGUUGCUUCUUUUGCCGCCUUUAAACUGCUGUGACACAUAGUUAAUGGAACAGAUGAUGUGACAAUGGCCUCCAGCCAACUCCAGGGCACAACUUCAUUUUUACUUUUAUACUUCAUUGCACCUUGUUUCCCCUGAAUUACUUCACAACAACAUUAAAAAAUAAACAUUUGUAGUGUUAAAGACACAAAUGACUGACACAUUUUGUAAUGCAAUGAGUAGGUAGCAAAUAUGAUAUUUAUGUCACUUUUUUGUAUAAGGUCUGCCUCAGUCUGCAGACAUCUGUUUGGUUGUAAAAUCUUACAACCAAACACAUGUGCAUAGUCACCUGAUUAAUGCUGUGGAUGAAGUGUUGAGAUUCUUUGUGUAAAUGGUAUUAAAGCAUACAUACUUCAUAAUUCCAUGUAAAAGUUCUACUUCAGUCUAAAUGCUGAAAUAUCAAAAUGCACUAAAACAAUUUAAAGGAAAAGUACUCAUUCUGCUGACAUGAAAAGGGACCCUGACAAGACAACGACUUUUUGUAAGGAGUCACUUUUCUAAAUAACAGUGUUUUAAUAUUUGACAGAGCAUCAUAUUUUAUGAGUUUAUCGUAUGUUUGUCCUUAAUAUAGGGCUGAAAAGUGAAAAGCUGCCGUUGCAACUGUAAAAUAAAUGUUGUGUCGAAGAACUGCAAUAUUUCCCUCUGCACAAAAAUUGAAAUAUUCAAGUCAAAGAACCUAGAAAGUAUCAUUAAAGUUCCUGUGAAGAACCUUUGGUUUGUGUCGAAUUUGGCGCCCCCUGUAGUCAAAGUAGAACCUCUAAACUCUUGCUGAUUUUGCCCUGUACAUGUGUAAGUAGUGGAUUAAAAAAGCUCAUCCUGUU